UCAGCAGCAGUUCGUGUCCUGAUCCUGGGCCGAUCCGAUUGAUUUGUUUUCCGUUUGCUCUCUCUUCCCUGCUGCUUUGCAUUGCUUGAUUGAAGCGGAAGUUGGGAACGUCCGCCGAGGCCCUGGGCACUGGUGUGGAAGUGGCCCGGAGCUGGGCUUUCUGUUCGGACGAGCCGGCGCCGGCAGGAUUGCAGCCGGCAUGGAAGCGCAGGAUGGAGCCGGGAGGCUGGACCUGCUGCCGGCUGCCGGGGUGGAGGAGUCCGCGCUAGACCCGGUGGAACGGAUUUUGCUGGAGUCUGUAUGUCAACAGCAGGGAUGGAUCAGGGUGUACGACGUGAAAGGUCCUCCAACACACAGACUGUCUUGUGGCCAGUCCCCAUAUGCAGAAACAGCCUGGGAUCAGAAAUAUUGUAUGCUAACUGACAGCCAGAUGAUCCUUCUGAACAGGGAAGAAGAGGGGAACGUCGAUAUGCUACAGGAUCAACAGGUGGAGUUCUCAAAAGGACGAAUGCUGCGGCGGACAGUUAGCGUUCCAUCUGAGGGGCAGUUUCCAGACUAUCAACAGGAUGGCAACACUAAACUGGAGCCACCUGGAGACCGCUCCCCACGUCGUAGGAGUAUAUCAGGGCCAGGAUCAUCUGAGAAAGCAAAUGGGAUGGAGGAUUCCACAUCCCCAUUCAAGGGAUUUUUCAGUAAAAGAUUAAAAGGGUCUAUUAAACGAACCAAGAGCCAGCCAAAACUUGACCGCAAUACCAGCUUCCGUCAGAUACUACCAUCACUGAGGAACUCUGAUAGUGACCGGUCUCGUGCUUUACCAAAAUUGAAAGAAUCUCAUUCGCAUGAAUCCCUGCUGAGCCCUAGCAGUGCAAUCGAGACAUUGGAAUUAAGCAUGGAGCAGGAUGUCUUUAUUAAACCUUUGCACAGUAGUAUCCUGGGGCAGGACUUCUGCUUUGAGGUAUCAUACACAGGAGGAAGUAAGUGCUUUAGCUGCUCAUCUGUGGCAGAGAGAGAUAAGUGGAUGGAGAACCUUCGGAGAACUGUGCAACCAAACAAGGACAACUGUCGCCGUGCAGAAAAUAUACUCCGGCUCUGGAUUAUUGAAGCAAAAGAUUUAGCCCCUAAAAAGAGGUACUUCUGUGAACUGUGCCUGGAUGACACACUUUAUGCACGAACUACCAGUAAAAUGAAAACAGAUAACCUUUUUUGGGGUGAGCACUUUGAAUUUUACACUUUGCCAAUGGUCAGGAAUAUUACUGUGCAUAUUUACAAGGAUAUGGACAAGAAGAAAAAGAAAGAUAAGAAUAAUUAUGUGGGAUUAAUCAAUAUUCCAAUCACUAGUGUCACUGGACGACAAUUCAUAGAGAAAUGGUACCCUGUCAGCACACCAAACUCAAACAAGGGCAAAGGAGGAAGCCCUUGUAUCCGCAUUAAAUGCCGCUAUCAGACAAUUGCCAUUCUGCCUAUGGAACUAUAUAAGGAGUUUGCAGAGUUUGUCACCAAUAACUACACCAUGUUGUGCUCUGUUCUGGAGCCAGUUAUCAGUGUGAAGAACAAAGAAGAGAUGGCCUGUGCACUUGUUCAUAUCCUGCAAAGUACUGGUCGUGCAAAGGAUUUCCUGACGGACUUGGUGAUGUCUGAGGUAGAUCGAUGUGGGGAGCAUGAUGUUCUCCUCUUCAGGGAAAAUACCUUAGCAACAAAAGCCAUAGAAGAAUAUUUGAAGCUUGUUGGCCAGAAGUAUCUCCAUGAUGCCUUAGGAGAGUUCAUAAAGGCACUUUAUGAAUCAGAUGAAAAUUGUGAGGUAGAUCCAAGUAAGUGUUCAUCGAGUGAACUGCCAGAACAUCAGAGUAACCUCAAAAUGUGUUGUGAAUUGGCUUUCUGCAAGAUUAUCAACUCUUACUGUGUGUUUCCACGGGAACUUAAAGAAGUCUUUGCCUCGUGGAAGCAGCAAUGUUUAAUCCGUGGGAAGCACGAAACCAGUGAGCGCUUAAUCAGUGCGUCACUCUUCCUACGUUUCCUCUGUCCUGCAAUCAUGUCACCCAGCCUGUUUGGCCUCAUGCAGGAGUACCCAGACGAUCGAACUUCUCGCACUCUCACCCUCAUUGCCAAAGUCAUCCAGAAUCUGGCCAAUUUUACCAAGUUUGGGAACAAAGAAGAAUACAUGGCAUUUAUGAAUGAUUUUUUGGAACAUGAAUGGAGUGGGAUGAAACGUUUUCUGGUGGAAAUCUCAAACCUAGACACAAUAUCUAACACGCCAGGCUUUGAAGGAUAUAUUGACCUUGGUCGUGAGCUCUCUGUCCUGCACUCAUUGCUCUGGGAAGUGGUGUCUCAACUUGAUAAGGGUGAAAAUUCAUUUCUACAGGCAACAGUAGCGAAGCUUGGCCCUCUCCCACGCAUACUCAGCGAUAUCACCAAAUCACUAGCUAGUCCCACACCAAUUCAGCAGCAGGUGCGGCGCUUUGGCGAGAACCUCAGCUCAUCCCCAAACGUGAGUGGCAGUGUGUCAUCUGGGCUGCAGCGGAUAUUCGAGGAUCCAGCUGACAGUGAUGUGCAGCAAUUGCAAUCUCCAACUCAAGAAAACGUUGAAGUGUUUUUACAGAGCAAGCAGCACUUUCCAGGCCAGCCAGCCUCCACACACAGUAUGACUUACUCUGACAGGGAUGAAGAAGAGUCCACUUUACCUAACGGCAGGAGUGUAUCACUCGUGGAUCUGCAGAGCACAGCUGUAACUCAAGGGACAAAUAGUGUUCCUGUUGUUUCCAGUGUACAGGUCCGGCAACUUGGCAGCCAGGCCUCAAUUACACAUACAGCAAACAUCAAGCAGCUGCGAGAAUUGCAGAGUGGGGCACAGAGUGCUCCCCAAAUCCGUAGGCCUUUGCAUCCAGCUCUGAACCAACAGAGCAGCCUUCAACCUCUGUCUUUCCAAAACCCUGUUUACCAACUGAACAACCCUCCAGCAGGAAGCAGUAAAACUGGCAUGGACUCCAGUUCUGAAAACCUGAGUUCCUCAAGCUCCCGGAGCCAUACCAACAGCGAGGAGCUGAUCAGCAAGCUGAGUGGCCCCAGUAACAGCAGCAUUGAGGAUUUUGCCAAACGCAGCGCAUACAGUGAAGAUUACACCAAACGACACACCAUGCCAGACAGGAACAAUCUUCCAGUAGCAUUGCCACGGCAGAACAGCAUUGGGCAUUCACAGCUCCGCAGGACAGAUUUGUCAGGUUCCAGCAGUCGAGCAAAAGCACCACAUUUGUUACCUCUUAGUUUGUCACAGAGAAGCACUGGGAGCAUAGCAGGAUUAGCAUCUACGUCACCUGAGCCACCACACAAUGAAAACCGCUCACGACAACCAUCAACUUCUUCCAAAGGAGAAAGUCCUGUGCCCAAAGUCCGGGCAGUACAUAGACAGCAGCAGGCACACCAGGUUCAGUCACCGGUUGAGACUGCCACCAUGUCACCAGUGGAGAGGACAGCUGCCUGGGUUCUGAAUAACGGACAGUACUUAGAGGAUGACGAGACAGACCAAAUUCAUGAGGAGAGUAAACAUGCAGAAAAGUAUGAGCAGGAGAUCGCGAAGCUGAAGGAUCGGUUGAAGGUAUCGAGUCGGAGGCUAGAGGAAUAUGAGCGGCGCCUGCUUGCCCAGGAGCAGCAGAUGCAGAAGCUCUUGCUUGAGUACAAAUCCAGGUUGGAGGACAGUGAGGAGAGACUGCGUCGGCAGCAGGAGGAGAAGGACAGCCAGAUGAAAACAAUCAUCAGCAGACUCAUGGCGGUGGAAGAAGAACUGAGGAAAGAUCACUCAGAAAUGCAGGCAGUAAUUGAUGCAAAACAGAAGAUUAUUGAAGCCCAAGAGAAACGAAUCAUCACCCUGGAUUCUGCCAACUCUCGGCUGAUGAAUGCUCUAACACAGGUCAAGGAACGUUACAGCAUGCAAACUCGCAAUGGGAUCUCUCCGACCAACCCCACCAAGCUGUCAAUAACCGAGAACGGGGAGUUCAAGAACAGCAGCUGUUGAGGGAGAAUCUAGAUGCUUCUCGGCAGACUCACAUGGAUUUAGCUUUCUGAAUUCACUCCUGAUUUAUUCACAGGUGCUGCUAAGACUGUUUUAUAAUGCUUUGGAUUGUGAGAGAUUAUUCAUGGGGUCAAUGCCUAAUAUCAUCAUGUGCACUCUGCAGAUGUCUUACUCCACUCUGGAAACUGUAUGAAACCUGUACAGAAAUGAAAUGUAAGACUGUAUUGGGGUAAAUAAUUUUAGAAUUUAAAGUAACUUUUUUUUCUAAUUAUUUCUGUCAGACUUCCUACUCUGCAAGAUGUUCCAAAGAAACAGUAGAGAAUGGAACAAUUAUUUCACAAGCAGCGGAAUUUUCAAGUGUUGUGUAUUUUCAAGUUUAAAUAUUCUGGUUUAGAAGGUGUACAUAUCUAGCUAAGAAGCACAUAGAAAGAAGAUAGUAUGUUUAAAAAAGAGAGAUUACAGUAUGUGAAGUGUCUGCUUCUUUAAUUAACACACUACAUUGGUUACUUGCAGGGUAAAAUACCCCAUGUUAAAUAUGUUAAAACUAAGAUAUUUUACGAGUUUUUUGGCAGAAAAAUCUGUCAUGAACGAAAACAAGUUGUAUAUCACAGUACCUUAGAAAUAAUUCUGUUUUUAAAAUCAAACUUUAUCACAUUGAAAAGUGUUCAAGAAUGCAACCAUAGAAGAAAUAUUUCAAAUUUACUUUUAGAAAACUGUAUAAAGUAAAAUGCUGCCGUGUGUGUGUGUGUGUGUGUGAGAGAGAGAGAGAGAGAGAGAGAGAGAUAGACACAUGAUGAUGAUAAUGACCAUUUUCUGUGGUUCUACAAAACAAAGUGAUUUGGGGAAUGAUGGUGCUGCCAUAAUGGAUAAAGGGAACGGUAAUAAUGCAGAGCAUGAUUUGCAAGCACGCUUUACUUUCUAAAAUCAAUUCAUUUUCCAAAUGAAUCUCCUUAGUUUUUUAAACUCAAUGCAUCUAACUUUAUUAGAAUAAUGUUUUGCCAAAUUUGUAUCUAACUAACCAAUUUGAAUGUCUCGUGGAGCUGUUCUGCAAGAAUGUUGAAGCUAGAAAGUUUUCCCUUCCCUCCAUUCAACUGCUGGUAGAUGCCUGGCAGUUUCUGCUGCUGUUUUUGGUUAUUGAAGAUGUGAAGAGUGUGAGUUUAAUCUUAAAUUGUUGGCUCACUUUUGAUGAGAACUGUUGCAAUGAGACAAAGAAAAUAAAAUAUUGUUCAAUUUUUUUUCUUUUAAUAUCUGUAGCUUUUCUGCAUACAAUCUUGCAUGCUGAUUUGAAAGGAAACAGCAUUAAAAGAUAUAGCAGGGCAUCUUUUUAUCAGGAAAAUUAAACAAAAGCUGAAUGAGAUCCAAAACACUAAUCAGAUUAUCUUUAACUCAACUUUGAUUCUGUCACAGCCAGUCAGUACAAGUAUCUCCUGCAACUGUUCUGUGGGGAGUGUUUAAGAUGAAAUGUUGCACAUGACUACUGGUAGACUUCUUGUAGUUCCUGGGGUUUAAAGAGUCUAAAAGUACUCGAACCUUGUAGUCAUUUAUUAAAAUUGGAUCUCCCUCCAUCCCUUAUGAUAGUAAAAUACUUAACAUUGUGGAAUACAGACUCUAGGGAAAAAGAGGGUCCAAGCAUAACUGAUAAAGAAGUUAAUGUUGGUGUUAGGAUAAAAAGAAGUCUUUUGUUGUGAAGAAUUAGGGAAACUUUAGAGAUAUAUGGCCAAAAAAUUGAUCAAAAGAGAAAAAGGCUGAGAGUCAACUAACCAAGCAAUGGACUAUAAGAGCUUUAAAUAUAUCAAGAAGAAAAGAAUAACAGAAGUAAAUGUUGGUUCCAUUGAAGAUGAGACAGGGAAAUUAUCGAAAGGAGAAUGCAAACAGUUUGUAUCUGUCUUCACAAUUGGAGCAAAUUAAAAAUAGCAGGAACAAGGGAGGCAAGAACUUGGGAUUAUCACUAUAAUAAUAUAUAUACUCAGUAAAUAGAUGAGAAUAAGUAGUUCCAUAUCUCCUGGAAAGAUAUUAAUGGAUUGGAAACAAAAUGUAGCAAGAGAGAGAGGCUUGAAAGCAACAGGCCAGACAGCUAAAUAUCUCUUUUGGAAAAUGCUCAAUUUCCUUAUAAAAGGUAGAUCAUAUGAUACAUUUGUGAGUUCUGUAAGUAUUUGGAUUUUCAGAAGGUGUUUGACAAGGUGCCACACAUACAGUUGGUACACAAGACAAACUGCUGAUGGUGUUAGGGGAAGUGGGUCAGGAUAGACUGAAGACGAAUUAUUCUAUAGAAAAUAGAGAGCUGGAAUAAACAGGUCUUUUUCACCUGGAAAUUUGUAACUCGUGGAAUAUCUCAACGAUCAGUUCUUGGUCCUCAGUGAUAUAUGACUUAUUUCAGAGACCUGGAUGGAAGAGUUGGCAGAGUGAAAAGUGUCCAAGUUUGCUGGACAUGGAUGGAAGGGCAUGUUUUGUAAUCUGCAACUGGAUGUACUAUAGAUAGUUUGAGUGAGUGAUCAAUAUCUUAGCAAUUGGAGUUUAAUAUAGGAAAAUGUGAGAUCAUGCAUUGUGUUAAGAGAAAUCAAAAGAUAACGAACGAUACAUACAUGGAGAUUACAGAUGAAUAAAGUAUUGAGGGAUCUAGAUGUGUGAAUCAGAAAAAUGUCAGGUGCAGCAAGUUGUUAUUAAGGCAAAUGAUGUAUUGCCCUGUAUUGCAAGGGGUUGGAAUUUAGAAAUAGGGGCAUAUUCUUACAACUCAACAUGAUACUGGAGUACUGUACACAAUUUUUGAUGCCCUUAUUAAACAAAAUAAAUACUGUAAUACUGUUAUUGAAGACAGUCCAGAGGAGAUUCACUAGGCUAAUUGCUGGGAUGAGAGGAAAAAGAAACAAGAUCUAUAUUAUUUGGAGUUUAGAAGAAUGGGGGGGAGGAGUGGGAGUUGUCUGCUUUUAAUGAAAUACAAAUUCCUUAAGGAGAAAGACAAUAGAUAUUGAGAGAUUUCUACCAGUGGAAGAAUGUCAAACGAAGAGACAGUUACAAAACUAGAGGCUAGUCAUUUCAAUCUGAGGUGUAUUGGAACUACUACUCAUAGGUAGUAAAUUGCCUGAAUUUUGUGCCCUGGAGGGUUUUGGAAGCUGGAUCACUGAGGGUAUUUGAAGAGGAGAAAGGUAUGCUUUUGAAAGAUUGGUGAAUUGAGGACUGAACUCGCAUAGAAGACAAGAUGAAGCCAUGAUCAUGUAGAAUGGCAGAAGGACUUUGAGGGACCUACUUCUGACCCAUCCAUAUAAAAUGGUAGGCUGACUUGAGGGACAUACACCUGUCCUGUUUUCUUAUGCACAGAGUUAAUAUGCAGGUGAAGCAAAUAAUUUGGCAUGUUGGCUCUUACUGAAAGAAUAAUGGAGUAUGAAAGAAUACGCGUACAUCUGCAUAGCUUUGUUGAGACUACAUGUGAAGUACUGGAGUUUUGGUCUCCUUAUUUAAGAAUAUAUUUGCUUCAGAAGCAGUGCAGAAAAGGGUCACUACAUUAAUUACUGGGAUGAAAAAUUCAUCUUAAUAGGAUUAAUUAAACCCAUCUGCAUGGGAUUUAGUGGAUUAAGAGGUGAUAUUAUUGAAGUGCACAAGAUUCUGAGGAGGACGUUGGCAGUGGUUGCUGUGUGGCUGCUUUCCCCCUUCCCCUGCCCCAUAUAGGAGAAUACAGAACUCAUGAGCAUAGUUUCAGGAUAUGCACACUCAAGACUGAGAUGACAGGGAUUUUCUUUUCUCACUGUUGGGUAUAGAUUCUUGAAAUCCUCUUCCCCAGAGAACUGUGGAUGCUGAGUCAUCUGCGGUAUUCAAGGAUUAGGUGGAGUUUUGGAUAGCAUCAAAUCAAGCAUUGUUUGGAUUAAGGAGAGGAAAGUGAAGUUCACGUGAAGAGAUCAAUUAUGUUUUUGCUUGGGAGAGAAGAUUUGAGGGACAAUAUGGUAUAUUCUUGUUCCAUUUCUUAUUUAUAAAUUAAUGUAUUUAUCAACUACCAGCUGAUGCAGAGUUUCAACCUGAAAUGUUAGUAAUUUAUCCCCCCACCCCACCACUAACACCACUUCUCAACUUCUGGAUCACUGAGUUCU